AUGGUCAACAACAAUGGCGACAGUGAACACCUUGGAGUCCGAAGAAAUGGAAAUUUUAGGCACCCUUCCAAUAAUAUGAAAAUUCCUAGAAGGGCCCAAUCAACAGUCCUCAAUUCAAAUCCGUUUUCUAGCAGAAAGUACUCAAUGUCUACUUUAACGCCGAGGAAUAUAUGCCAAAGCGUUGAUUCUAGAGUAUUCGUGGAUAUGUCAUCUCCCAAUUUUCAAACUCUCGAGGAACCUCACAGAGAUGAGAUCAUAAACAGUGUACGGCUCAACUAUUUGAACAGCAGCAAAAGGAGUUCCGUAUCUCAUGGGUGCGAAAAUAAUCCCAGAGUUAACCCAACCAAAAAUUCGUCUGCAAGCACUAUAACCACAGCCAAUGUGGACAGUGAUGAAGAUAACACUAACCUGAACAGUGCUGGGGGUGACAUUACGCAUGAUAUCUACAAGAUGGUCAAAGCAGAGGAUCCUAAACGACUCAGACGUCCUCGUUCUAUGGAAGAUGUAAAUUCUGAAAUUGAGCACCACACCAAGUUCUCAUCAGCGAGCGGAUUGAAUGUCCCCGGUGGCUUUAGAAGAGAAUUUAUCGUAAACAAAAAGAGGCAAGAACAUCAAUUAAAUGAUUCCGCUAGUUCAGACUUCACUUCACAUGAAAGUGUUUCAAUCAAUCAGCCAUCUACAUCAUCUGCACAAGAUAUUGAUAAGGUUCCCUUUUUAACACGAAAUUUUUUGGAAUUUCUUUACGUGUUUGGGCAUUUUGCUGGUGAAUCUUUUGAGGAUGAUUUCAUUCCUGACAGCUCAAACAUGAUGAUACGGGGAGAAGAUGAAGGAAGUCCUCUAUUGUCUCGGCCUGAUCAUAUGAAGGUUCUGCCUUCAGCCAAGGGAACAACUUCGACGAGAAAGGUUUUCUUGAUAUUGCUCAAAUCAUUUAUCGGAACAGGUGUCUUAUUUUUACCCAACGCCUUUCACAAUGGUGGUUUGUUUUUCUCAGUAAGUAUGCUGGCAUUUUUUGGACUUUAUUCAUACUGGUGCUACUACAUAUUGGUGCAGGCAAAAGCUUCAUGUGGAGUGUCCUCUUUUGGUGAUAUUGGUUUGAAGUUGUAUGGACCUUGGAUGAGAAUCAUAAUUCUUUUUUCCCUUGUAAUAACGCAAGUUGGAUUUUCUGGAGCAUAUAUGAUCUUUACGGCAAAGAAUUUACAAGCGUUUCUUGAUAACGUGUUUCAUGCGGGAGUUUUACCUUUGUCUUUCUUGAUGAUAUUUCAAACCAUCAUUUUUAUUCCGCUUUCCUUUAUCAGAAACAUUUCGAAAUUGUCACUUCCUUCUCUACUGGCAAACUUCUUUAUCAUGGCUGGUUUGGUCAUUGUUAUCAUCUUUACAGCCAAGAGGUUGUUUUUCGACUUGAAGGCUUCACCAGCAAUGGGGGUGGUAUACGGCCUAAAUAUGGAUCGUUGGACACUGUUUAUCGGAACAGCAAUCUUCGCUUUUGAAGGAAUUGGCUUAAUUAUUCCUGUUCAGGACUCAAUGAGGAAUCCUGAAAAAUUUCCUCUGGUACUUGCUUUGGUUAUUCUUACAGCCACAAUACUUUUCAUUUCCAUAGCUACAUUGGGAUACCUAGCCUACGGCUCAAACGUUCAAACAGUUAUUCUUUUGAAUUUGCCUCAAAGCAACAUCUUUGUCAACUUAAUCCAAUUAUUUUACUCUAUUGCAAUUAUGUUGUCUACACCUUUACAGUUAUUUCCAGCUAUUAAGAUUAUUGAAAAUAAAUUUUUUCCAAAAUUCACCAAAAUAUAUGUCAAGCACGAUGACUUAACAACAAGAGUUGAAUUACGUCCUAACUCUGGGAAGCUGGACUGGAGAGUAAAAUGGUUGAAGAAUUUCAUACGUUCAAUUAUUGUCAUUAUCGUUGUAGCAAUUGCUUAUUUUGGGUCUGAUAACUUAGAUAAGUUUGUUUCAGUUAUAGGAUCGCUCGCCUGUAUUCCAUUGGUAUAUAUAUACCCAUCCAUGCUACAUUUGCGGGGCAAUAGUCUUCCGGAGACUAAAGGUAAAUUCUGGAGGUUCAAACCAAUGUUGGAUAUUAUUUUAAUUUUUUUCGGCAUAGCAAGCAUGCUUUAUACAUCAUAUCAAAGUAUUUUUGGUGUCUAG